AUGUACCGUCACGACUUUGCCCCAUCUGCAGUCAGCGCCCUGCAAAGGCCAAGCAGCGAUGCUAGUGAUGCCAGGGUUGAGGAGCGAAGACAGUCCAUUCACCCGGCCAUUCCGGUCCCCCCCGACUUGCGCCAAGAGAAGGCCAGGGUGGACCAAACAGGCACAUCCAAGGAAGGUCCGGCGUGGAACCGCGAGCUGGCCAGUGUGGCAUGCUUCGACCGGCCGUAUGUGAAUUUUGAAGGAAGUUCGUCAGUACAUCAAGAUUAUCAGCCGCCACCACUUGAGGCUAUCCCUGUCCAUGUGCCAAAGGCAGAGGACCACCAGUUGUGGGGAAAUGCCUUGGCCACGAGCGAGUCCCAGACGCACGCAGAUUACAAGCCACCGCCCUUGCCGAUGAUUUUCCCGCUCAAGACGCCGGGGAGAUGCAGAAGGUCGCAGUACUGGGAGGACCGCUGCGCUUCAGGACAGCAGGUCCGCAUGGAAGAGAAGUCCUGCACACACGACGCCUAUCCACCACCAUCGCUGAUUGACUUGAAGCCUCGAGUGGAAGCGCAAGCGCCGUCGAAAGAGCCUUCGCAAAUACCUUUUCAAGGUAUUUCCACGACCCAUGCAGAUUACCAAGCCCCCCCAGCUGAUGCAAUGAAGGAUGCGGUGAAUUUCCAAGCACCAGCAGGCCCCACUUGGCCUGCUGCCAAAUUUGAGGGCGAGUCCAGCCUGCAUCGAGACUAUCCAGCACCACCUUUGGAAGCUUUGCGACAGAUGCUGAAAUCACACGAGACCGUGCCAGCACCCAAAGCAAACUUCAGAUUUGAGGGCGAAUCUUGCAUGCGAGCAGACUAUCAAGCUCCUCCGCUCACUGCUUUUCAUCAGCCAUCCCGUGAGCCAUCCCGUGAGCCACAGGGACCCACCCCAGAUGUGCAAGAGGCCUUGCGCUCUUGGCCUGACAUUGUGAAGGAAUCCACGUCCCACCACGACUACCAGCCUCCUUGCCUGGACGACCUACGGAUCGCUCAGACAAUUGGAAGUGCGCCACAGCUCAGUCAUCCCGCUGUUCGGUUCCAGGGUGAAUCUGUGAUGCAUGGCGACUACCAGGCACCCCCUGCACUUGCCCUUCGGAGAGACCCUCCUGAAGCCGAGAAGCCGCUAGCCGUGCAGUCGCUGCUCCAGCCAGAUGUCCACUUGCUUGGGCGGUCGACUACGCAUCAUGACUACCAGGCGCCACCGCAUGAGACCUUGAAACAAGCAACGCAGGUGCCAGAAAUGCCUCAGGCAAUGCCACAGGCUCGAUUUCAAGGUACCUCCACGACCCAUGCAGAUUACCAAGCCCCUCCAGCUGAUGCAAUGAUUGAUGCGGUGAAUUUCCAAGCACCAGCAGGCCCCACUUGGCCUGCUGCCAAAUUUGAGGGCGAGUCCAGCCUGCAUCGAGACUAUCCAGCACCACCUUUGGAAGCUUUGCGACAGAUGCUGAAAUCACACGAGACCGUGCCAGCACCCAAAGCAAACUUCAGAUUUGAGGGCGAAUCUUGCAUGCGAGCAGACUAUCAAGCUCCUCCGCUCACUGCUUUUCAUCAGCCAUCCCGUGAGCCAUCCCGUGAGCCACAGCAACCCACCCCAGAUGUGCAAGAGGCCUUGCGCUCUUGGCCUGACAUUGUGAAGGAAUCCACGUCCCACCACGACUACCAGCCUCCUUGCCUGGACGACCUACGGAUCGCUCAGACAAUUGGAAGUGCGCCACAGCUCAGUCAUCCCGCUGUUCGGUUCCAGGGUGAAUCUGUGAUGCAUGGCGACUACCAGGCACCCCCUGCACUUGCCCUUCGGAGAGACCCUCCUGAAGCCGAGAAGCCGCCAGCCGUGCAGUCGCUGCUCCAGCCAGAUGUCCACUUGCUUGGGCGGUCGACCACGCAUCAUGACUACCAGGCGCCACCGCAUGAGACCUUGAAACAAGCAACGCAGGUGCCAGAAAUGCCUCAGGCAAUGCCACAGGCUCGAUUUCAAGGUACCUCCACGACCCAUGCAGAUUACCAAGCCCCUCCAGCUGAUGCAAUGAAGGAUGCGGUGAAUUUCCAAGCACCAGCAGGCCCCACUUGGCCUGCUGCCAAAUUUGAGGGCGAGUCCAGCCUGCAUCGAGACUAUCCAGCACCACCUUUGGAAGCUUUGCGACAGAUGCUGAAAUCACACGAGACCGUGCCAGCACCCAAAGCAAACUUCAGAUUUGAGGGCGAAUCUUGCAUGCGAGCAGACUAUCAAGCUCCUCCGCUCACUGCUUUUCAUCAGCCAUCCCGUGAGCCAUCCCGUGAGCCACAGGGACCCACCCCAGAUGUGCAAGAGGCCUUGCGCUCUUGGCCUGACAUUGUGAAGGAAUCCACGUCCCACCACGACUACCAGCCACCUUGCCUGGAUGAUUACCGGCCUCCUUUGCAAAGUUUGAGGCAGUGGCUUGCAGGAGUUGAAUCUCCAAGCAAUGAUGUGAGCAAGGUACGAUUUGAUGGGGAGUCUUCCAUGAAGCUUCAUUAUCAACCGCCCCCAUUGGAUGCGCUCCACAAAGGAAUGCCUGAAGAGAAGCGACAAAAGGCCUGGCAACAUUCAGCUGAAGAUCAUGUCCAUUUUGAAGGGGAAUCCACAACACAUCGUGACUUUCAGGCGCCACCUUUGCAGAGCCUUCAGGAAUGGCUGCAAGCAGCAGGGACUAGCACUGGAAACAGUGCGAUCACUGAUGGGGUCCCCUUUGAGGGGGAGUCAUCCAUGAAAGCACACUACCCAGCCCACCUGGUGGAGCCUCUGCAAGUUGCCGCAGGCAAACUGGACCAUCAAGUUGACUUGCAUGCUGCCGAGCCCGUGCCCUUUGAAGGACAGUCCACCACACACCAAGCCUACCAAUCACCUUCAGCCGAGUUUUGGCGGCAGCUGGGGCAGAACAUGGACAGAAGCAGCACGCAGCAAGCUGCCCCGGUUCGUUUUGAGGGGGAGUCCUCCAUGCGGGCCCACUACCAACCCCCGCCACCAGAUGCGCUGCAAUCACCGGCCACAAGCUUGGUAAAAGACAAGGCCAUGGCUGAGAGCACGGCGCUGCAGCUUGCAAAGUUUGAGGGUCAGUCCACCAUGCAUCGCGACUUCCAAGCACCAGCUUUGGAACAGCCACCGUUGCCCAGACCCCCAGCCAGCCACGACACAAGUCCUCCAAUCCGCUUUGAGGGGGAGUCAUCCAUGAAAGCACACUACCCAGCCCACCCGGUGGAGCCUCUGCAAGUUGCCGCAGGCAAACUGGACCAUCAAGUUGACUUGCAUGCUGCCGAGCCCGUGCCCUUUGAAGGACAGUCCACCACACACCAAGCCUACCAAUCACCUUCAGCCGAGUUUUGGCGGCAGCUGGGGCAGAACAUGGACAGAAGCAGCACGCAGCAAGCUGCCCCGGUUCGUUUUGAGGGGGAGUCCUCCAUGCGGGCCCACUACCAACCCCCGCCACCAGAUGCGCUGCAAUCACCGGCCACAAGCUUGGUAAAAGACAAGGCCAUGGCUGAGAGCACGGCGCUGCAGCUUGCAAAGUUUGAGGGUCAGUCCACCAUGCAUCGCGACUUCCAAGCACCAGCUUUGGAACAGCCACCGUUGCCCAGACCCCCAGCCAGCCACGACACAAGUCCUCCAAUCCGCUUUGAGGGGGAGUCAUCCAUGAAAGCACACUACCCAGCCCACCCGGUGGAGCCUCUGCAAGUUGCCGCAGGCAAACUCGACCAUCGAGUUGACUUGCAUGCUGCCGAGCCUGUGCCCUUUGAGGGACAGUCUACCACACACCAAGCUUACCAAGCACCUUCAGCAGAUUUCUGGCGGCAAUUGGGGCAGAGCAUGGACAGAAGCAGCACGCAGCAAGCUGUCCCAGUGCGCUUUGAGGGGGAGUCCUCCAUGCGGGCCCACUACCAGCCCCCGCCACCAGAUGCGCUGCAAUCACCGGCCACAAGCUUGGUAAAAGACAAGGCCAUGGCUGAGAGUACGCCGCGGCAGCUUGCAAAGUUUGAGGGUCAGUCCACCAUGCAUCGCGACUUCCAAGCACCAGCUUUGGAACAGCCACCGUUGCCCAGACCCCCAGCCAGCCACGACACAAGUCCUCCAAUCCGCUUUGAGGGGGAGUCAUCCAUGAAAGCACACUACCCAGCCCACCCGGUGGAGCCUCUGCAAGUUGCCGCAGGCAAACUGGACCAUCAAGUUGACUUGCAUGCUGCAGAGCCCGUGCCCUUUGAGGGACAGUCCACCACACACAAUGCUUACCAAGCACCUUCAGCAGAGUUUUGGCGGCAACUGGGGCAGAACAUGGACAGAAGCAGCACGCAGCAAGCUGCCCCGGUUCGUUUUCAGGGGGAGUCCUCCAUGCGGGCCCACUACCAACCUCCGCCACCAGAUGCGCUGCAAUCACCAGCCACAAGCUUAGUACAAGACAAGGCCAUGGCUGAGAGCACGGCGCUGCAGCUUGCAAAGUUUGAGGGUCAGUCCACUAUGCAUUGCGACUUCCAAGCACCAUCUUUGGAACAGCCGCCGUUGCCCAGACCCGCAGCCAGCUACGACACAAGUUCUGCAAUCCGCUUUGAGGGGGAGUCAUCCAUGAAAGCACACUACCCAGCCCACCCGGUGGAGCCUCUGCAAGUUGCCGCAGGCAAACUGGACCAUCAAGUUGACUUGCAUGCUGCCGAGCCCGUGCCCUUCGAGGGACAGUCCACCACACACCAAGCUUACCAAGCACUUUCAGCCGAGUUUUGGCGGCAGCUGGGGCAGAGCAUGGACAGAAGCAGCACGCAGCAAGCUGCCCAGGUGCGCUUUGAGGGGGAGUCCUCCAUGCGAUCCCACUACCAACCCCCGCCACCAGAUGCGCUGCAGUCACCAGCCACACGCUUGAUUAGAGACAAGGCCAUGGCUGAGAGCACGCCGCUGCAGCUUGCAAAGUUUGAGGGUGAGUCCACCAUGCAUCGCGACUUCCAAGCACCAGCUUUGGAACAGCCGCCGCUGCCCAGACCCGCAGCCAGCUACGACACAAGUCCUCCAAUCCGCUUUGAGGGGGAGUCAUCCAUGAAAGCACACUACCCAGCCCACCCGGUGGAGCCUCUGCAAGUUGCCGCAGGCAAACUGGACCAUCAAGUUGACUUGCAUGCUGCCGAGCCCGUGCCCUUCGAGGGACAGUCCACCACACACCAAGCCUACCAAUCACCUUCAACCGAUUUUUGGCGGCAACUGGGGCAGAGCAUGGACAAAAGCAGCACGCAGCAAGCUGCCCAGGUGCGCUUUGAGGGGGAGUCCUCCAUGCGAUCCCACUACCAACCCCCGCCACCAGAUGCGCUGCAAUCACCAGCCACAAGCUUAGUACAAGACAAGGCCAUGGCUGAGAGCACGGCGCUGCAGCUUGCAAAGUUUGAGGGUCAGUCCACCAUGCAUCGCGACUUCCAAGCACCAGCUUUGGAACAGCCGCCGUUGCCCAGACCCGCAGCCAGCCACGACACAAGUUCUGCAAUCCGCUUUGAGGGGGAGUCAUCCAUGAAAGCACACUACCCAGCCCACCCGGUGGAGCCUCUGCAAGUUGCCGCAGGCAAACUGGACCAUCAAGUUGACUUGCAUGCUGCAGAGCCCGUGCCCUUUGAGGGACAGUCCACCACACACAAUGCUUACCAAGCACCUUCAGCAGAGUUUUGGCGGCAACUGGGGCAGAACAUGGACAGAAGCAGCACGCAGCAAGCUGCCCCGGUUCGUUUUGAGGGGGAGUCCUCCAUGCGAUCCCACUACCAACCCCCGCCACCAGAUGAGCUGCAAUCGCUGCCCACAAGCUUAGUAACAGACACCGCCAUGGCUGAGAGCACGGCGCUGCAACUUGCAAAGUUUGAGGGUCAGUCCACCAUGCAUCGCGACUUCCAAGCACCAGCUUUGGAACAGCCGCCGUUGCCCAGACCCGCAGCCAGCUACGACACAAGUCCUCCAAUCCGCUUUGAAGGGGAGUCAUCCAUGAAAGCACACUACCCAGCCCACCCGGUGGAGCCUCUGCAAGUUGCCGCAGGCAAACUGGACCAUCAAGUUGACUUGCAUGCUGCCGAGCCCGUGCCCUUCGAGGGACAGUCCACCACACACCAAGCCUACCAAACACCUUCAGUCGAGUUUUGGCGGCAGCUGGGGCAGAGAAUGGACAGAAGCAGCACGGAGCAAGCUGCCCCAGUGCGCUUUGAGGGGGAGUCCUCCAUGCGAUCCCAAUACCAACCCCCGCCACCAGAUGCGCUGCAAUCGCCGGACACAAGCUUAGUAACAGACAAGGCCAUGGCUCAGAGCGCGCCGCUGCAACUUGCAAAGUUUGAGGGUCAGUCCACCAUGCAUCGCGACUUCCAAGCACCAGCUUUGGAACAGCCGCCGUUGCCCAGACCCCCAGCCAGCCACGACACAAGUCCUCCAAUCCGCUUUGAGGGGGAGUCAUCCAUGAAAGCACACUACCCAGCCCACCCGGUGGAGCCUCUGCAAGCUGCCGCAGGCAAACUGGACCAUCAAGUUGACUUGCAUGCUGCCGAGCCCGUGCCCUUCGAGGGACAGUCCACCACACACCAAGCCUACCAAACACCUUCAACCGAUUUUUGGCGGCAACUGGGGCAGAGCAUGGACAAAAGCAGCACGCAGCAAGCUGCGCCGGUUCGUUUUGAGGGGGAGUCGUCCAUGAGGGCCCAAUACCAGGCGCCCCCACCCAAGUCUUUUCCAUUGGCAGCUGCAGCGAAUGGGCAUAUUGAGGGGAAGCGCAUGGAUCAGAUCAAGUUCGAAGGCCAAUCAACGACACAUCAAGACUACCGGGUGCCGCCAGUGGAAGAGCUCCAGAAACUGAUCGCUGGCACAAGCUCCUCAAGAACCGCAAGCCACGAAAGAAAGCCUGCCUGCCGGUUUGAGGGCGAAUCAUCCAUGCGGGCGCACUACAGGGCACCUUCGCCUGAUGCAGUCAGAGGAGCUGCCACAGCCAGCGGUCAAAGAGAGAGAAGCCUGCCCCCAGACCGAAUACCCAGCAGCAAGUUUGAGGGUGAAUCAACCGCACGCCGCGACUUCCAAGCACCUCUGCCAGAACUGAGGUAUCGACCUGGAAAUGGCACAAGUCACAGCAGCAACGUCCCACCAGCCGUCCCAUUGCGCUUUGAGGGGGAGUCGCCCAUGAGGGCCCAUUACCAGGCGCCCCCACCCGAGUCUUUUCCAUUGGCAGCUGCAGCGAAUGGGCAUAUUGAGGGGAAGUGCGUGGAUCAGACCAAGUUCAAAGGCCAAUCAACGACACAUCAAGACUACCGGGUGCCGCCAGUGGAAGAGCUCCAGAAACUGAUCGCUGGCACAAGCUCCUCAAGAACCGCGAGCCGCGAAAGAAAGCCUGCCUGCCGGUUUGAGGGCGAAUCAUCCAUGCGGGCGCACUACAGGGCACCUUCCCCUGAUGCAGUCAGAGGAGCUGCCACAGCCAGCGGUCAAAGAGAGAGAAGCCUGCCCGCAGACCGAAUACCCAGCAGCAAGUUUGAGGGUGAAUCAACCGCACGCCGCGACUUCCAAGCACCUCUGCCAGAACUGAGGUACCCACCUGGUGGCGGCACAAGUCACAGCAGCAACGCCCCACCAGCCGUCCCACUGCGCUUUGAGGGGGAGUCGUCCAUGAGGGCCCAUUACCAGGCGCCCCCACCCGAGUCUUUUCCAUUGGCAGCUGCAGCGAAUGGGCAUAUUGAGGGGAAGUGCGUGGAUCAGACCAAGUUCGAAGGCCAAUCAACGACACAUCAAGACUACUGGGUGCCGCCAGUGGAAGAGCUCCAGAAACUGAUCGCUGGCACAAGCUCCUCAAGAACCGCAAGCCGCGAAAGAAAGCCUGCCUGCCGGUUUGAGGGCGAAUCAUCCAUGCGGGCGCACUACAGGGCACCUUCGCCUGAUGCAGUCAGAGGAGCUGCCACAGCCAGCGGUCAAAGAGAGAGAAGCCUGCCCCCAGACCGAAUACCCAGCAGCAAGUUUGAGGGUGAAUCAACCGCACGCCGCGACUUCCAAGCACCUCUGCCAGAACUGAGGUAUCGACCUGGAAAUGGCACAAGUCACAGCAGCAACGUCCCACCAGCCGUCCCAUUGCGCUUUGAGGGGGAGUCGUCCAUGAGGGCCCAUUACCAGGCGCCCCCACCCGAGUCUUUUCCAUUGGCAGCUGCAGCGAAUGGGCAUAUUGAGGGGAAGUGCGUGGAUCAGACCAAGUUCGAAGGCCAAUCAACGACACAUCAAGACUACCGGGUGCCGCCAGUGGAAGAGCUCCAGAAACUGAUCACUGGCACAAGCUCCUCAAGAACCGCGAGCCGCGAAAGAAAGCCUGCCUGCCGGUUUGAGGGCGAAUCAUCCAUGCGGGCGCACUACAGGGCACCUUCCCCUGAUGCAGUUAGAGUGGCAACAUCUUAUUUAGCUUCAGGGCAAGGCCGUCUUCUGUCAGCGCAGCUUGAGUCAGUUCGCACCAAUGACUUGCCAACCGAUCGAUUGGAACGGCCAAGCCUGGGUUGCAAAGAGAGCACAACGACUCCAGCCUGGGCAGUUGUGCCCGGAUCUUUUGGAGAGCACGGGGAAUUGGAGGCUGAGCCCUCAAGCUUUGCCAAAGAGCCCAACAACGCGCCAAGAGUUGCGCGCGGCAAGUACCAGCGCGCAACAAGCCAAAACGUUGCCUUUGGAGAGCCGCUCGGCAGACACGCCGAAGGUGAAGCAGAGAUAGGCCAAAGUUGCCAAAGUGCAGAAGUUUCGAACUGUCGGUCUUUGCCUGGUAUGACGCCAAGAUGCCUUAGAAGACCGACAGGCGAAACGAGGCCGGCUGAAGAGAGAUCUCCCAGGCGUGCUUCGAGGGGCCCGAGGGCCCAGAUCCCACGGACUCUGCCAAGGUGUCCGGCAACGGGGCCCAUGAGUGAUAUGUCAGGCUCCAGCCCAGUUUCAUGCGACGCGAGAGCAUCAAAUGCAGAUGGCUCUUCACUUCCGGCUGGCUUGCCAUCCAACCGCAGGUCCAUGAGGAGGUGCUCCUCUCAGCCAGCGCUAGGGGCCGUGCCAGACCAAUCAAGGAAGUCUGAUGCGUCACCAGCGAGGGCGUUGCACUCGUCCUUGGGCCUCGGCGGGAAGUUUGAGGGUGAGUCGUCUUCACGGCGUGACUAUCAAGCGCCACCACCGGAAGCUCUCAGAGAGGCACUGAGGACAUCACAGCCACCGCAGACUCGGUCAAGGACCUCUGCCUGCAAGGGGAGCGAACGCAGGUGCAAAGCUGAGAGCAAUGGCCAGUCAAGAUGAAGUGUUAGUUACUUAGUUGGCUGCAAGGGGAGCUUUCCGUUUAAGCUCAGUAAACAAAGUGCACGCUGCAGCUUUCCCGGCGC